AUGAGCAUUUCCAUGCCUGAUAAUUCAGGGGAACAUUUGGCUAGCUCGGAUGGGAAAAAAAAAAAAAAAAAAAAAACACGCAAUGUAAAGGAUGAUGGGGGUGUAAAGCAGUGCCCCCCAGGUGGAUCCCCUGUGGAAGAGGCAACAAAAAAGAGGGAAAGAAAAAGGAAAAAAAAAGAAAAAUUUCAAAUUACCCCAAAUAGCCAAAAUAUCGAAAACAGUGAAAGUAGCCCCAAUGAUCUAAACAACAUUCGAGCCAAUGAAGGUGAGGAGGUAAAUGACCUAACGACACGAACGGAGGUCCCCAGUGAGGAUCCCCACACAAAUAAAAGUUUUGAAAAAAAAAAGAAGAAAAAGAAAAAUAGAAAAAAGAAAGGGGAAGGUGACGAGGAAGAAGCUGAUGGCGAAGGUAAAGCAGAAAGACAAAUGCCAAAGGCGCAGGAGGUAGCAGAAAAAAAAAUGGACCGACAACAACAAGUAGACAUAAAUAAAGUGAACAGAGAAAAAGAAGAUGAAAAAGAUGCCCAAGCACAUGGGGAGGAUAGUGUUGAAGAUGAAGCUCCAGGGACAGGAGGCUACAUUGUACAUGAGAGAGACCUUGGAGAGGAUACCACAGAUGCAACCCACAAAGGAAAUACAGAGAGUGCGGAAAUCAAAUCCAGCGUGAAGGAAACCAAAGAGGGAAGAGAAAACUGUAGACUCCAUAAUAGCAGUGCCAGUUGUAGCAGUGAUGCACAUGAAGAGACGCAGGUAAAACGCAACGAAGAGUAUAUACAACUGGACGAAGCAGAUAAUCAGGUUCAUCAAAAAAAAGAGAACGAAUUACAAAGUGGAGGAGAAGAAUAUCACAAGGAUGAAAAAGAGAAUAGGAACAUUUCGCAAGACGAGAUCAAUGGCGUGGGACAAUGUACAGAAGACACAUUCCUCGGAAUGGAGACCAAGCAUAGCUUAAGGGAUAAUAGCGACAAAAAAGGGGAAGAGCGGAAAAAGAAAAAUAAGAAAAACAAAGACGGUCAUAAGAAGAGGGAGUCCAAAAGGAACAAAGGGGGGAAAGCUAAAGAGAAAGGGAAAGAGGACUGGGCGGAGUGUAAAACGAUCGAGGUGGAGAAAGACAAAACAACCGAGGCGAAUAACGAAUCUGGACAUGCCAAAGGAGAAUCCACUGGAAAAAACGAAGAACUGCUUGUCGCACCAACGGGUGAAGUUCAAGAAAGCGUGGAACAUGCAAAUGACUCAAUCGCAAGGAUUAAUAGCAAGAAGGAGAACGAAUCGAACGGGGGAACAACGCCGAGAGGAGGCUCCUUACACAAAAUGUGCCUUUCGAACUGUGUGAAGCAUCUAGAAACCUACGAAAGCAAAGUAUGUGUAGCGAACUCCUUUCACGACAUAUCGAGCCCCGCAUCUGAGAACGAAGAGACCCAAGAGAGAAGCUACACGGGAGAAACCGCCAGCUACGGGGAAAAUAGGAAAAGCUUUGACCUACUGUCCUACAUCAAAAAUGGAAUAAAAAAUUAUGUAAAUAUGCUAAAGGAAGAAAACGUUGAGAUAUACGAAAGGAAAUGUGUUAAGGAGAUAAUAGCAUUUCACAAAUUAAAAUUAAAAUAUUUAAAAAAAAAAAAUAAUAAAAAUAAGCACAAUGUACAUGUGGAAAAUUUUACAUCGGAUUGUAGAUCGAACAUAUCGAGCAGCACUUCCGAAGAAGACAAGGAAGAAAUAAUUAGAAAUUUUGGGCGCUUCGAUUCUUUCACUUUGGGUCAGGCAGAAGAAGUUAGUAGCAGUAGCCCUACUACACAUAUCAAAAGCACGAAUAAGAAAAGCCCAAAUGAAAAUGCCCAUUUGCGGAAGAAAUCAAAUAAAAGUAAGAACCUCUCUUCUAAGCAGAUAGGUGGGGGUAGUGAAAAUAACCUACUUGGUAGCAUCACAGCGAUGGACCUGAAGAAGACCAAGACGCGAAGUGCAAAUAAAAGUUCCGACGAAUCGAGCCACGGAAAAAUGGACACGAAUUUUAUGAUGGAUAUGGAGGUGCAAAGUCAAAUGGAAGAAUUGGGUUGCGCAGAAAGUGCAAGGCAAGGUUUGGUACCCCCAAGCAAUGGGGCAAAGAUGAAAAAAGAGUGCCACCCCGCCACGACGAAAAUUAAAAACCUAGCCACCCAGAGUGAAGACCUUGAAGGAGGAGAGAGCCCCAAUAGAAAAAACGUGUUCGAAGCUCUGUUCCACUUUUACGCAAAAGAUAAAGGAAACGGUAAAGGAAAAAUAGAACCGGGAGGUAAAACGGACGAGGCGAUUUCUUACGCUAAAGGUAUGCACCUUGAGGCGUUUCUAAAUUUCUCGAAACAUUAUAAAAUUAUAAAAAGUUUAUUAACAAAGAGUGAGUUGGAGAAAAUUUUUUUAAAUGAAAGCAAAGGAAAUACAUAUAUCCAAGGAAGACAGUUUCAGAAGGUGCUAAUGUUAUGUGCACAAAUAGCAUUUACAAAACCACCACAUAGAGUCAAUUUCACAGACACGAAAAAAAUAUUCCAGUGUUUGAUCACAUGGCUUUGUAACAACGCACCUGAGCAACAGAAAAAAAUUAUUUUAAAAAGUUGCCAGCUACCCGACGCAUCCAUGAUAACGGAAAAUGGAAAAGCAACCGAACCGCAGAAGGCUGAAUUGAAAAGCUCAACGUUCCGAAAUAAACAAUAUUCCAUUUCUCUGAAAGAUAAAGGUAGGAAACCACCAAUAAAUAACAUUGUACUAACCAGUUCGCAAAAUUUUGAAACGCCAUCGAAGAAGUUGGAGAAGGCGAAAAUUUUCCGCUACAACACCAGUACCAAUUUACGCAAGUAA